AUAGAAAAAAAAUGGCGUUUCCAACAAUAUGCUAUAAAUGUAAUAUAUGUGAUUGAAAGGAUUUAUUAAGAUUCAGGAGAAUUUGUUUGUGAGAUCUGAAGUAAGCUUAUCACUCGUGUUCCCCUGAAAAUAAAAACGCGACAUAGAUAUUUCCUCGCAGCCACCGUACAGUAAACGUUUGCGCAUGCGCCCUUUUCAAGUCAACAAUGGCGGCCUCCGUUGGUGUGUGUAGGUUACACAUGAGGGGCUCGGAGAAGCUUAUUAGAUGUUGUCUUGGAGUGUUACCUCAAUCAAAAAGAAGAUUGGCUACAACUACAUCACAUUUGAAAACACGAGCAGUGAAACAGACAGCGACAUCCGCAAAGGAGAUUAAAUCAUUCCAAGCAAUACAGGAAGAAAGAAGAGAACAGGCUGAAAGAUCGGUCUUAAUCAACUGUCCGGCUAAAAUAAACGAAAACAAGUUUUUGGAUGACCUGUCAAAACAUGGGCCAAUCAACAAGCAUUUCUUCUACAACAGCUAUGGAACAUAUGCUGUUGUUGAAUUCUCCAGCAGAGAGAGCAUCCUCUCAUUGAAAGAGCGAACUAACAUACCAGCUGUCCAACAUGAAGCGGCUGUACCAUUCAAAUCCCGAUUGCUUUCAGUCAAACAGACUGGGUCUGGGAGUAAUUCUGUGCCGAAUUUCAAGGAGCAUUCCCCACCAACCAUCAAUGACAUUAUUAAACUGCUCUCUGAACAGGACAGUAUAGAUGAGCAACUGCUGUGUCUGACAGAGGCUUUACAGCUUACAGAAGAGAACAUCAGCCUGCGAUUCUUGGUCUGCUCUCUUCUUAGAGACAUAGCGGCUGCAUAUUUCCCAGAAUGCAUUAUCAGGCCUUUUGGCUCCACUGUGAACAGCUUUGGAAAAUUGGGUUGUGACCUUGACAUGUUUCUGGACCUCGAUGGCAUCUAUGCACCAAGCCAAAAAUCGGGUUCAGGUGUCUCUCUGGAGUACCAGGUAAAGAGAGGGGCAUCAGAGCGGGUUGUCACCCAGAAUAUCCUCUCAGUCGUUGGGGAAUGUGUAGACAAGUUUGGCCCUGGAUGUGUUGGGGUCCAGAAAAUUCUCCAAGCUCGAUGUCCUCUUGUCCGCUUUGCUCACCAGCCCUCUGGCUUUCAGUGUGACCUCACUGCCAAUAACAGGGUGGCGAUGAAGAGUUCAGAGCUGCUGUUUCUGUACGGGACCCUGGACCCUCGUGUUCGGCAUCUGGUGUUCAGCGUGCGGUGCUGGGCUCGGGUUCAUGCCGUCACAAGCAGUAUUCCAGGACCAUGGAUCACCAACUUCUCUUUAACGGUCAUGGUGUUGUUCUUUCUACAGCAGAGGAGUCCUCCAAUACUGCCCACCCUGGACCAAUUGAAGGAACUGUCAGGAGCAUCAGAUAAGUGUGUCAUUGAAAGUAAUGACUGCACUAUUGUCAGUGACCUCAGCAAGAUUACGGUGCAAAAUAACACGGAUACAUUAGUGACACUGUUGCAGGAGUUCUUUGAGUUUUAUGGCAAUUUCCCCUUUAACAAGGCAUCAAUCAAUAUUAGGAAGGGAAAGGAUCAGAUCAAACCGGAAACAUCCGCUUUGCACAUCCAGAACCCAUUUGAAAGCGCUCUGAACGUUAGCAAGAACGUUAACGCAACACAGCUAGAACGUUUUGUGGCACUUUGUCGGGAAAGCGCGUGGCUUCUUCAGCAGAGGGAGGUUCUUAACCGAAGUUCUAGCCAAUCGGACGAAUCCGUCUCGCCGUGGGGAUUCGCCGCUCUUCUCCUUCCUUCAGUCACUGCAGGAGCAGGGGUGAAAAGUCGCAGGAAGCGAAAACUGGAACCAGCUAGCUCAAGGAUAAAAAACCUGUUAGACUCUCUAAAGAUCAAAGGUGCUGACGCCGCUGCUAAGAAGGGAAGUAACAAUCAUAGGAGGUGAUAUCCCUGACAAAUGUUUCUCACCUUGAGGAAGAGGGUAAAAUGGUUCGGCAAUGAAGAACUCAGUUUUUAAAGACCAAUAUGCUCAACAUGGGAACACGAGAUGUGUUUAUGUAUAUUUCUACAUUCAGAGUAAAUAAAUCCUGUGAUUAAGAUUCAAACUGUCACACGGUGUUAUGACAAGACAUGGUUUCCCUUUCUAAGAAACGUAUACUAAGCUCAUUCUCCGUGUUUUACAUGAAAGGGAAACUCUGUAGAUCACACGUCAUGAUAUGGCAUAUAGGAGGCAGAAGUCUACUGCAGUAUUUGACUUCUAAUGGAGCUUGAUGGUUGUUGUGCUGGUCUGAUAACAGCAGUCACUGCUGUCUCCGUUGCAGUGGAGCAUAAACGAUAAAUGGCUUUCAUAGAGCAGAAGCAAAGUUUUAAUUUAGUUAGAUCACACACAGACUCCAUCCUCUCAGCGUUGCCAUACCAACACUGUGGCCUAAUGACUGAAUGAGAUGUUAUGAAAGCAGCACAGGUCACUUCAGUGUGUGAUGGUGUAAUGAGAAGCACACAGUGAAUAAAAGUUUACUGUCAACCAGUGUACAUAAAUAUUCAAACUGUAACUGUUUGUUUUUUGUUUAAAGAUAUUGUGAAAUCACAAUGAAUGAGACCAUUUAUAUGAAGAUGUUCAGAUGCAAAACACUCUAAGUGCCUCUGACUUUUUUUGGUAAAUGAGCUUUUUUAUCAGACUUGUAAUGGAUUCUGCCAGGUAUUUCUAAAUGGCCUGAGGAUUUGAAGCAAAAAUAUUUGAUGAGUGUAUAUAAUAUGUGCUGAGAGCAUUUGGUUAAUAUCAUUAUCCAAUUUUUGACUUGGGUAGGAUCUAGAGACUUUUGCAUCUGAGCUCUUCAUACCUUUGUGUACUCCUAAAUGUUAAGGAAACUCUUUACUAACUUUUUCUUCAGAGCUAUAACACUGAUGACUCAUCAUGCACUAAACACAUUUUUGUCCAAUCAGAUGCUUUCUAUAAUGAUGAUGUCAUUCCUCCACAUGCCACUACAAAAAUGCAGCACGAAGUUUAAACAACUUGGUUUUGCAAGUCAAUUUAACCUACUAUUUAAAGUUUUGACUUGUGUAAAGUUGACAUAACUUAUUUGACAAAACUAAUUGAAAUUGUUUAACUUGAUUUGUUAAGUUAAAGUAACAUAAAAAUACAAAUAAAAAUGUUGAUAUCA